GGCUGGGGGCGGGGCUUAGGCUGCCUCCGGCCUCCAGGAUGAAGGAGCGGUGGGUGCAGCUGGGGCUGCUCAGCGUCCCCCUCCUGGCCGUGUACCUGCACCUCCCGCCCCCCCGGCUCUCCCCCGCGCUGCUCUCCUGGCGCGCCUCCGGGGCCUUCUUCACCUACAAGGACCACAGCAUCUUCUACAGAGAUUCAGCCGGCGCCGAGGGCAGCUCCGACGUGGUCGUCCUCCUGCACGGCUUCCCCACCUCCAGCUACGACUGGAGCAAGAUCUGGGAGGGGCUGACGCAGCGCUUUCGCCGGGUGGUCGCCCUGGAUUUCGUCGGGUUCGGCUUCAGCGACAAGCCCCGGCCCCACCGCUACUCCAUCUUCGAGCAAGCGAGCAUCGUCGAGGGGCUGGUGCGGCACCUCGGCCUCCACCGCCGGAGGAUCAACCUCCUGUCCCACGACUACGGCGAUACGGUCGCCCAGGAGCUGCUCCACAGGUACGAGCACAACAGAACUGGGAGCAUCCUGAUCAAGAGCCUCUGCUUAUCCAACGGAGGCAUUUUCCCCGAGACGCACCGCCCCCGGCUCAUCCAGAAGGUCCUCAAGGACGGGGGCCUGCUGUCCCCCGUCAUCACGCGGCUGAUGAACUUCUUCUUCUUCUCCAGAGGGCUCGGGGCCGUCUUCGGGCCCUACACGCAGCCUUCGCAGGCCGAGUACUGGGACAUGUGGACAGCGGUGAGGACCAACGACGGCCAUCUCGUGGUUGACAGUAUUUUGCAGUACAUCAACCAGAGAAAGAAGCACAGAGACCGCUGGGUUGGGGCUCUGGUGGCCACCUCCGUCCCGCUGCAUUUAAUCUACGGGCCCCUGGACCCUGUGAAUCCGCACCCGGAGUUCCUUCAGCUGUACAAAAAAGUGCUUCCCACGUCCACGGUGUCCGUGCUGGAUGACCACAUCAGCCACUACCCGCAGCUGGAGGAUCCAGCGGGCUUCCUGAACGCCUAUCUGAGCUUCAUCGACUCCUUCUGAGCUGCUGCUUGCUCUCUGUUUACAAGUCAGGCUUCGGGGGCAGGAAAAAACUGAUUUUUUUUUUUUUAAUCUCCAGAUCAACACUUUGCACUAACGACCCAUGGUUUGGCUGCCAACCUGCUGCGUUCACACACGCAGUUAAAUCCUUCGAGCAGCACAAAAGAUGAGCCUGCGGGGAGGCGCGGACAAAAAUCAUCAGCCUAGGAGUCAGAGGAUGCUGACAGCUCCUCCAGCCCUUCCUACCUCGCUUCUUGGCUGGCCGGGAGGGCUCAGGGCAGAACAAGGACACCCGAGGGGAAGCAUAACACGAGUUACCUCGGUCCAAGAGUCCUUCCUGCCCUCAGGGGGAGGCUUUGCUGCUUGCCCCAGGCAGCCAGGAGCACGUUCCUAAGAGCAGUGACAUGUUUCUAGGUUAGCUGCCCUUGGGAAUGUCUUGGGAGCUUCCUCAAAGCUCGGCUGUAGCACUCGGUGCUACCGGGGCAAACUUGUGCCUGGUCCCUGGAGCAAUACCGGCCCUAGCAAAAGCCAAGGUGUUUUUCUGAGCAAUAGCUAUUUUUUUAUUUAUUUUUUUUUGCCACAGGGAGCUGGGAGAAGUGUUUAAAUUAGCAUUAAAGCAGUAUUCCUUCCUCACCCUGACUUGGUAAGGACAGAAACGCCAGUUCAUUUCCAGGGAGAUGUGUGGCAGAGCACCCCUCACGAGGAAGUCACCGCCAGGUCCUUCCUCCUUUUUCUUCCCCAUCUUUGACAGCUUUAAGCCCAAAAAAGCUGCAGUGUUCUGUAGUGUUACUUGACACGAGGCUCAGAGAAGUGUUAGUCCAGAGUAGAAAGGGAAAAACCUUCAUGGUUGAAGUGUAAUUUCUCUAUACAUUGAUUUUUGUCUCCUCUAUUUCACGCAAAAUCUUCAAAAGACUGUAAAUUUGGGGGUUGGCAGAUGCUGCAGGUUUUGGGUGUUUUUAACUGCUUUGUUUUAAAUUUAUUAAGAAUAAGGGGCUUCUGCUGAGUAAACAACCCCGUAGACUGAUUUUUCUGAAUUGAAGACAUGGAAGCGGACAGAAUUAGAACAAGAAUUUUCUAUUUUAUUAACAGUAGUUCAUAUGAAUUCCAACCACUUGGACCAGUGUUUAUUUUCUGUUAAUAAAAAUUAGUUUUGACAAAAAUCCACUUCCGUUUUCUUACCACCUACCUCUUUUCUUUUCCCUGCUCUACCGCAAGUGGCCAGAGAUACAAUAAGUUAGACAGGAAUGUGUAAGUGUCAAGGGAGGAGGGGACGGGGGAGAGGCUCAGUACCAGCCAGCCACUACUGUAACAUCAUACAAAAUAUUUACCAAAUCGAGGAAUAAAAACUACAUGC